AUGCUGAAUGAAACUACCUCACCUUCAUCCUCAUCCUCACCUCAAUCCCCACCAUAUUAUGUCCUUUCCACUGACAACAAACCCUCUGACCCACAAUCCCCCACUCUAGCUCAGCUUCACGCUCGUGCUCUGGCCUCUCAACAACCAUCACAAACUGAACCUGAACCAGAAGUCACUUCUCCACCCCCUGAACAACAAAAUCCUCCUACAUAUGAACAACCUCAAACACCACCACCUGUACAACAACCAAAUCCACCUCCUGAACAACCAAUCCACUCAACAUCUGAACCUCAACCAAAUCCACAACCUGAACAAACAACACCUUCCCCCUAUGCUAUUCCCACACCACCAACAUUUGUUGCCACCAUCACUCCCAUUCUAAAUCUUGAUGACACCAAUCCACCUUCUCCAUCCUCCCUAGCCUCUGCCUCUGAACCCGGAACUGCCUUUCCUACCCUAAAAGAAGUAAUAAAUGUUUUUGCAGAGUCUUCAGUAGAGAAGAUCAAGUCUCUGACUAUCAACUCUGGCAUCAACGAUGAUCCCUCUGCAGCUGAGGCAAAAGCAAAAGCCGACGUUGAAGAAGCAGCACGUAUUGCUGCAGAGGAAGCUGCCAAGGCCAUGGUUGAUGCUUUGACUCAGGGGGAGCAAUCUAACUAUGGGUUUGCCCCUCUAGUAUUAAAGACUCUAGAGGAAUUGCAAAAGGAACAACAAGUAGUACGAGUCAGGCUGGAUCACCAGGUUUCCGUCAACAUCAACAUUCAGAACAUGUUGACUCAGCUGCUCCAACGGAUGCCUCCGCCCCCAAACCCUUAG